GAUUUAAAAUAUGUGCACCUCCAAGAAGGUUUAAUUGAUUUUCUAUUACAUUUUUGGCAAUAUCACCGGAUGAUAAUUUUAAAUUUAUUAACUAUUCAUCUGGCCUAUUGUUUUAAGUUAUAGGGUGUUCUGGGUGAUUUAAUAUUCUGGGGCUAAAAAUACCAAGUCUGGUAUAUACCAAGAAUUAUCUAAAACGCGUUAGGAGAAGCUCUUCCUUGCAUAAUUCUAGUUGUAAAUAAAACGAUGUUGCAGGCAUUGAAGACUCUACGCUGGGCGCAGCCAAUUCGGGCACUGUCUGCCGUGUCCACCAGCAGUGCCGGGACACAGACGAAUGUUUUACCAAAGACACCUGCACCGGAGCCGGAUAAACUUUAUAGCAAGUUGGAGAUUGAGCUGCGGGGGAUUGAUCCCGCUGUUCUUAAAAGCUACACCUGGUUCGCCACCACCGCUGCAGACCAUUUGGGCAUUGAGAAGGGCAAGUGUUGGUCACCUCGGAAGGCGCACCACGAGCGGAUGACGCUUCUGAAGUCGGUGCACAUCUACAAGAAGCAUCGAGUGCAGUACGAGGUGCGAACCCACUUCCGCUACAUGAACUUCCACAAGCUAACGGGCUCUACGCUGGAUACGUUCCUGGAGUACAUCGAACGCAACCUCCCCGAGGGCGUAGCGCUGCAGGCGUCCAAGACGGAACUGCAACAGAUUCCCGAUCAUCUGCGCCAGCCCCCGGAGCAAGUGUAGAAGCCUCAAGGACCCUAGCCACUAGUUAAUAAUAGUUUAACGAGGAGCCUUUCAACUGUCGCACAGAGAUUAGGCUGAUAAACAACAGAAUAAAUCGAAAAUAGAAGCAUCGGCACUCGACACAUAAA